CCACGGAUACAAGUUCAGCACCAGCAUCACCUACCAGAGGUCAGGCUCCUUCAUCUGCUACUGAACCAGAAAUAUUCAUGCCUACAACAACAUCUACUUUGACCCAAACCUUAUUCACAUCAACUAAACCAACAUCUGUGAAACAGGAUACACUUGAUUUUUCAACUACUGUAGUUUCUACUACUGGUCAACUGAGUCAGUCUGCCACCACUACAGCUGACCAGACCACCGAUACAAGUUCAGCACAAGCAUCACCUACCAGAAGUCAGGCUGCUUCAUCUACUGCUGAACUAGUAAGAUCCAUGUCUACAACAACAUCAACUUUGAUCCAAACCUCAUUCACACCAACUAAACCAACAUCUGUGAAACAGGAUACACUUGGCUUUUCAACUACUGUAGUUUCUACCACUGGUCAACUGAGUCAGUCUGCCACAGCUACAGCUGACCAGACCACGGAUACAAGUUCAGCACCAGCAUCGCCUACCAGAAGUCAGGCUCCUUCAUCUGCUACUGAACCAGAAAUAUUCAUGCCUACAACAACAUCUACUUUGAUCCAAACCUUAUUCACAUCAACUAAACCAACAUCUGUGAAACAGGAUACACUUGAUUUUUCAACUACUGUAGUUUCUACCACUGGUCAACUGAGUAGGUCUGCCACAGCUACAGCUGACCAUACCACGGAUACAAGUUCAGCACCGGUACCACCUACUAGAAGUGAGGCUCCUUCACCUACUACUGAACCAGAAAGAUCUUCUGUUGCUGGGUCUUUUUCAACUGCUGUAGUUUCUCUCACUCGUCAACUGAGUCAGUCUGCCACAGCUACACCUGACCAUACCACCGAUACAAGUUCAGCGCCAACAUCACCAUUGACAUCACCUACCAGAGGUCAGGCUCCUUCAUCUACUACUGAGUCAAAAAGAUUUCUUGUCUCCGAAUCUUCAACUGAAUCUGUUCAAAAUACUAUGUUGAUGUCCACAACUGAUAAUAUUUCAAAGACAGGAUCUUCAUCAGAAACUUCACCUGAUAUAUCUGUAACAGAAGAACAGGUCACUUCACCCAGAACUGAGACAACUGUGUCUCCAACUAUACCAAGAGCCCACUCAAAUGUGACUGCAGUUCUACCUGAAUCCCCAGUCACUGCAGCCUCUACAGCCACAACUGCAGCACCAACAGCAAUAAAAGCUUCUACUGCUGCCAUUUGGUCAUCUACUCCAGCUACUAUAACCAUGGCGGUGCCAGCUAGAGGAGGAGAAGGAGUGAUUAUUUUAAUAAUUCGAAUCCAGCAAAUCUUCAUUCCCGCUUACAGUGAUCCUUCCUCAAUCGAGUACAAUACUCUGGUCAGCAAUAUCACUGCUGAGCUGAGCCGAGGCUUUAGAGAGCUGUUUCCCCUCACAUUUCUCCGAUGCUAUGUCAUAAGACUCUGGAAUGGUUCAGUGGGUGUGGACUCUCAGCUAAUCUUUAAAAAUGAAACAGUUCUUCCAAAUGCAACAGUCCUGACUAAUUCACUGAAAUCAGCAAUAAAUGAUUCUAAGGUUUUCCUGAAUAUCCUUUCAUCCAGUAUCACUGUUGCUGUGGGCACCACUACACCAGUUUCUACCACAAAAACUGCCAAUGGCACUAAACUGACCACAACUCCAAGUGUGACCUCCCUGACCUCUGCAUCCAGUGCUGGAGAAUCAAAUACAAACAGUAACUAUUUUAUAAUUCUGUAUGUAGCUGUUGCCUUUGGACUUUGUGGGAUUGCAGCUUUUCUUGCUGUAUAUUUUUGGAGAAGAAGAGGAAGGAAAACUAAGCAGAGCAGAAUUAUGGAUGGACCAGUGUACGACAAUGCUCCCCGUGCUCAAAUGUAUGAGACUCAACCUGAGCAAAUAAGACUCAACCACUGAAACUGCACCAACAGAGAAAAACAGGGAGAUAGUUUUUUUUUAUGUAUUGCUAUGUUUCUAUGUUAUAUGUUAUUGACUUUUUAAGAGUUUUAACUCAGAGUAUCAAACUGCUUUAUGUGAGUCUGUAAUAUUGUAAUAUAUUAAAGCCUUUGUGAAUUCAAACCCAAAUCUCUGAUAAAAACAUAUGUAUAGAUUUUGCUGAAGAAUGUGUUUUU